UACCUCUGCGUGCUGUUUACAACUAAUGACGACAGGCUGUAGAUAGAGUAGCCUACCAUCAACAAUACUACAUAACUUGCCUUUAACUAAGUUUUGGAGGGAUUUUUCUAGGAAAGAAUUCCAUUCGGCUCAAGAAUACUAUGAAGACGCCUGUGGUUUAUGACUUUACAGUUACCUCCGUGGAUCUGGAAUGAUUCUACGACAUGUUUUAGUGAACAGACAAAGAAGAGUGUUUGAUGGCUGCAGUAGUUAUCUGGCGUCAAGCUAAUUUUGCCAUCCCGGUGAGCUGGAGCCCCCUCAUUCUUUUUUCCCUGGGCUCUAUGCUAGUGUUGCUGUUGCCCUUCCUUGGGCUGCAGGAGCAAUGCUGUGGGACACUGAAAGGCCUCGCCCUCUUGCGUUGCCAAUUGUGGGGAAGCACUGAGUAUAUCACCACCCACUCAUCAAGCCCUGCCGUUUCUGUCGCCUCCUUGGACCUUCUGCCUUUGAGAGAAAAGCCAAGUAAAGAAGCUCAGUUGGAAGCAAGAGCUGCCCUCCAGCAGGCUAAAGUGAUGAAAAAAGAGGGCAAGUUGGAGAAAGCUAACAAACUCCUGGUACAUGCACUGAACAUGAAUCCUGAUUUUGUGGAUGCUCUGACAGAAUUAGGAACCAUCCUAGAGGAAAAAGAUGUUGUCCAGGCAGAUCAUCUGUACACAAAGGCUCUGGCCCUCUCUCCAUGUAACAAGCGGGCCUUAGUGAGCCGUGACCGUACACUCCCUCUGGUGGAAGAGAUUGACCAACGUCAUUUUGGUAUAAUUGACAAAAAGGUGCGCCAACUCCUGUCCAUUCCCAAGGGAAAUUCUGUACUGCGCCGUGUGAUGGAGGAGACUUACUACCACCAUAUUUAUCACACCGUGGCCAUUGAGGGUAACACAUUAACACUGUCUGAGAUUCGGCAUAUCAUUGAAACACGUUAUGCUGUUCCAGGUAAGAGCCUGCAAGAGCAAAAUGAGGCUAUUGGUGUGGAUGCUGCCAUGAAGUACAUGAACACCACUUUGUUGUCUCAGUCUGGAUCAAUCACAGUAAGCGACAUUCUGGAAAUACACCGCCGCGUGCUUGGCCAUGCAGACCCUGUGGAGGGGGGCCGUCUUCGUACCGGUCAGGUGUUUGUGGGCCACCACAUCCCCCCUCACCCACAGGAUUUGGAGCGGCACAUGCAAGAAUUGGUGCAGUGGCUUAACUCUGAUGAGGCACUCAACCUUCAUCCUGUGGAGCUAGCUGCACUUGCACAUUACAAGCUGGUGUAUGUGCAUCCCUUUGUGGACGGCAAUGGACGUACCUCAAGGCUCCUAAUGAACCUGGUGUUGAUGCAAGCUAAUUAUCCUCCCAUUACCAUCCGUAAGGAGCAACGGUCUGAGUAUUAUCUAGCACUAGAGACGGCCAAUGAAGGCGACAUACGCCCUUUCAUCCGUUUCAUUGCCAAAUGCACAGAGAUGACCCUUGAUACACUGCUUAUUGCCACCACUGAGUAUGCAGUUGGCCUCCCUGCUGCCAGCCAGAAUCAUGGCUGUCUGGAUUGCAGGCAGACCAUUCCUAUUCACAACUGAGUACAUCAAGUAGCUGAGAGAUAUUUCCUUCAGACUCUGGUGGAGGUUGCAGCUAAUGGAUUAUGUCAACCCUACAAGUCAUUCCCUUCAGUUAAUUUGUGUGACUGUAAAUUAUCAAGUUAAUUUGCUUAAUUCAAAUGAGCUUCCAUUUCCUUCAAUGGCCCAAAUAUUUGUUGGGUCAGAAUAAAUGAAACCUCUUGUUUUAGUUUUAGUGGACAGACAUGCAUGCAGAUGUAAUUUCUUAAAGGUGCUCUAAGCGAUGCCACACGUUUUUUUUAGGCUAAAACAUUUUAUGUCACUUACUGCAAACGUCACCUACCCAACAUAACAAACUGUUCCAGCAAAAACACAGACGAGAUGCGCGUUUAGGAGAGUUUCAAUUGCAGGGGAGCAGCACGGGAGGAAAGGGGGAGGAAGUAGCAAGCUCUCUGUUUUGUUUGAAAGUCAACAGAACUUCCUCAUUCCCGUCUUUCUUCCCUGUGUUUUUUGUCCUGGGACUCGUUCCUAUGUCUUGGCCAUAUUGUGUGUAAUUAGAAAUUAUAAUAAGACAAUAUGAUGGUGUUUUUACAACCCUGUGUGACGUUCCCUAAUAAAAACAUUCGAUCACAACAAAGAAAGUCAACAGAAGUGACGUUACCCAGCAUUGCUUAAAGCACCUUUAACAUAGUGCAUAGGCAGGGCUGUAUGUUAACUUUUUUGCACAAAGCACUGGGUCUACAGAGGUUGAUCAAUAUGUAGUACAAGCUUCUAAAUCUGUAGCAUAGGUAUAAAAACAUCUCUUAAAAACAAUCACAAGUAGGGCAGUUAAAUUGUGAUGGAAGGCCUACUGCAUCUGGAAUGAUAAAAUGUCAUGUAGUUAAACAUCUCACCUGUAGGCUACACUGUAGUUGUGAAGAGCAAAAGCAAUCAAAAUGUCAGACAAAACAAUCCCUUGAUAUAUUUUUAUUGAUUUCAUUGAUUCAUUAUUGAUUUAUUUUGGAGUAGGCUAUCAGGCAUGUCAAAAAUCAUCCAUCCAUGAAAUGCAUCACUACUAGACUGUUCCAUACACAGAUAGUCUAUUCGGUUAGUAAGUCAUGAUGCAAUAGGCUGAUAAUUCUCUUUCUGGGUCCAACAGCUUUCAGAGCCGCUCAUUUUUCAGCUAUUCAGAGUAGCCUUUAAAGGAGAACUCCGGCCAAUUUUAACAGAGCUCAGUUGAUCCUGUUCACGGAAUACUGUCGGUCGGAAAAAAUGUGGGAAAAAAAAAUGAUGCUGCCUGAUGCGAGUUAGCCGGCUAGCGGCUAAUGCAGCCAAAGUGCCUACAAGCUAUGCUGAGGGCAUGUACUAAAUUGUGCCUUUGUGCCUCCUAAAAGACUCAAAAUGUCAUGACUAGUCUGGGCAACAUGAACAGGGUCUUUACCUGACACCACUGUGCGUGUUUAACCCAAAAAUUGUGAAGGAACAGUAUAAGUCCUGUGUUUGUAGCCUAGGCUGUCAGCUUACCUGUUUCCCUCUGUUGUUUCCUAUAGCGUAAAGUCAAUACAGAAGUCGAACGCCAUGGAAUUUGAAAUCUGAAUGUUGUUAAUUUGCAAUUGGCAUUUAGCAAUAUUUACUACGACCUGGCACAAUGCAUCUCUUCUAGUUUUGUACAAGGUUAAUGUUUUUUGUGCACUUGUCCCUGAUGAAAUAAAUUAAUUACAAUUAAGCAAGAUGCAAAGUAACAAGACGGUAGUCAAAAACUUUUACCUCUGAUUAUAUCAUUUUAAUGUGCCUCAGCAGAGACUUUCACUUUAUCCUCAACGUAUCACUUAUGUUUCGCAUUACAUGGUAUACCCCAUUGGAGUGCUUUGUCGCGUCUGAAUGUGCGUAAGGUCAAAAUUGAGUAUUGAAAAAGUAUCUUUCUGAGGCUAGUUCAUCUAUUGAAUAAUAAAAACACUUCAUCUUGUCAA